GGGAGGUCAUCAACCAAUGAAUGAAAGGACUUUGAACCAAUGAGAUUACUAGUAGCUUGCGCGACUGAAAUAUUUGCCAAUCAUACAGAUCAGGUCGGGGCAAAUGCUAUCUUUGUACAUGUUCAAGGGUGCGCGCACAGGAGAACAUUUCCUGCCCUGAUGCAUGGUGGUCGAACCGAAGGGAUUGUUGGAAAUUUUAGAGAGCAACAAUGCUUUUGGCUCAGAUUAACCGGGACUCCCAGGGCAUUGCAGAGUUCCAAAAUGCAGGUGGAGACACUCAGCAGGUCACUCUCUGUUUGACGGAGGCUGUUUCAGAUGGCGAUCAGAUGGACAUGGACACUGUGAGUUUGCAGGCUGUGACCCUUGCAGAUGGCUCUACAGCUUACAUACAGCACAACCCUAAAGUCUCCAUUUCAGAUGGCAAGUUUAUGGAUGGACAGGUCAUUCAGCUGGAGGAUGGAUCUACUGCAUAUGUCCAACAUGUAUCAAUGCCAAGAGCAGAGGAGGCCAACAGGUGGACAGGAUCCCCUUUGUGUGAUGUAAUUGGAGGAGAUGGUCUGAGACUUGAGGAUGGUCAGGCUGUGCAGCUGGAAGAUGGCACAACAGCUUACAUCCACACACCAAAAGAUACCUAUGACCAGAAUACCCUGCAGGCUGUUCAGCUGGAGGAUGGCACCACAGCUUACAUCCAGCACACAGUACAGAUGCCUCAGACCAACACCAUCCUGGCCAUCCAGGCAGAUGGAACAGUGUCAGACCUGAAUGCUGAUGGAACCCUUGACCAAGAGACCAUCAACGUGCUGGAACAAUACACCGCUAAGGUGGAGGCUGAUGAUGUCAACUCUGUACUGAUGAGAGCUGAGCAAGAUUGUGGUGUGCAGAUGCAGAUUGUGCUUCAAAGGCAGAGUGGUCGUAGUUCUAGGGAGCAGCCUACAGAGAAAUCUUUCCGCUGUGACUAUGAGGGCUGUGGGAAACUCUACACAACAGCACACCAUCUGAAGGUACAUGAGAGGUACCACACAGGUGACCGGCCAUAUCUGUGUGAUCACCUGGGGUGUGGAAAGAAGUUUGCUACAGGGUAUGGCCUGAAAAGUCACAUCAGGACACAUACUGGUGAGAAGCCUUAUUGCUGCCAGGAAGUGCACUGUGCAAAGUCGUUCAAGACGUCAGGUGACCUCCAAAAGCACAUCAGAACCCACACAGGAGAGAAGCCAUUCAUGUGCCCGUUUGAGGGGUGCGGGAGAUCGUUUACUACCUCUAACAUCAGGAAGGUGCACAUUCGCACACACACAGGGGAGAGGCCUUACUACUGUGCAGAGCCUGGCUGUGGGCGAGCCUUUGCCAGUGCCACCAACUAUAAGAACCACGUGAGGAUCCACACAGGAGAGAAGCCUUACGUUUGCACAGUCCCAGGCUGUGACAAGCGGUUCACAGAGUACUCCAGCCUUUACAAACACCAUGUUGUCCACACACCAUGCAAGCCCUACAACUGCAACCACUGUGGGAAGACCUACAAGCAGAUCUCCACCCUGGCCAUGCACAAACGCACAGCUCAUAACGUCACAGAGCCCAUUGAGGAAGAGCAGGAGGCCUACUACGAACCCCCUACAGAGGCCAUCGAUGAUCCCUCAGUGAAUUUUGCCCAGGUUGAGGAGGAGGAGUCGUCGUCCUGUUCGGAACAGAUGACUGAGGCCAUUGGUCAGCAGCAUGUGCAGCUCAUAACACACCCAGAUGGAACCCAACAGGUCAGUAUCUCCCAUGCUGACAUGCAGGCAUUGGGAAACACAAUUACCAUGGUAACCAGUGAUGGCACCACCUUCACGGUUCCUUCCCAUGAAAUGCUUAAUGCAGAUGGUACACAUUCAGUUACCAUGGUAGCAGCAGAUGGUACAGAAGAGCAGGUGGCCAUUGAUUUGGCCUCCUUUCAGGGCAUGCAGACAGAGGGGGUUCACCCUGUCACUCUGUUAGCCACCUCAAACGGCACACAGAUCGCUGUCCAGCUCAGUGAACAACCUUCACUCGAAGAAGCCAUCAGGAUAGCAUCAAGAAUACAACAAGGAGAGAUGGGAUUGGAUGAUUAGAUAAAAUAAGCCUUUCAAUUUCUAUUGAAAUAUUUGAUAUGACGAGAACAACUGAUCUAUACAAAUUCUACAGUUUUCUGACUUAAGGGUAUUGUUCUUAAAUCAAACAUGGAAUUCUUUAUUAAGAUUUGUAAAUAGACAUUUUGAUAUGGCUGCACCAAGAGUCUGUAAUGCUGAAACAUCCAUUACUUUGUUGAGUAAGAUGUGUGUUGCUGCAUGAAUGAGAUUAAGAAAUGUAAGGUGUGUUUGGACUUUUGGUACCAUUUUUCCAUGUGUGAAUAUUGUAUUCUGUGUAUAUACAGUAAAUAGCCAAUGUUUUGAAUCCAGCAUAUAUUUUAACUUUGAAUGUGUACAAAUAAUGGAUACACAUUGGUUGUUAAAUAAAGCAGUACAAUUCUA